UAGACGCGUUCCCUGACGUUACGAGGGCGGUACGAAUACAGUAAAAAAAAGAGAUACCCGGAUAAAUCGGACGAUUCGCGAACUAGAGCUCAGUGAAAGGGAGAGAAGAAUUCUCAUUAAAGCUUCUUCAAGAGUGAAAGUUAAUUAUUGUGUGUGUCGCACUGAUCAGUGAAGUUCUCUGAGCUCCCACAGGCGUGGUCUUGGGAGUUUGCAAUUAAAGUAGUUAAUUGUUUGUGAAAGAUUUAAUAAGUGAGCUGCCAGUGGCCGACCUUGGCAGUGUUAAAUAUAGAUCUUAGGAUAAGCAUAAUGCACGGUGUUUGGCUUUGUUUUUGGCUUUGCCUUGGCCUAGCCUGGGCCAGUCCACAGCUCAAUCUGCCCACACCACAGCCAGAGAUCUUCUACAAUGGCUACACCCCCAAUGUGGCCACAACGCCCGCCCAGCUGAGGGCAGAUCGCAAUCGCGAUCAACGCUAUGGGCCGCCCUAUGCAGACGAAGGCGGUGGCGGGGGCAGCGCGGGCAACGCAGAUGACGGAUCGGAUGACUUUAGGUACGGCCAGACCUAUGACGAGCGCAUGAGGAUUGGCGGCUAUGCCUACCCCACGCCCGGUGUUAACUUCAGCGACCGCGCUGACUCACCCUUCAGUGGGGAUGCUAAUCAGUAUGCCAAUCACAACUACGGACCGAUCUCCAGCACCACCGAUCGCAACGCUGGCAACGAUGGCCGACACGCGGACGCUCCCUACUCCUCGCCAGGAAACAGAAACUUCAACCCAAACCAAAACCCCAAUGAUCAGUACAAUUAUAACAACAAUCCCAAUGUGGAGUUCGUGAACAAUCGCAAUCGAUUCGAGAACCCAUUCCUGUCCAAUCAGGACCGCUUCAACCUCAAUCAGGGUUACCAGGAGCGUCAGCGCUACCAGCAGGAUCGUCGCUACCAGCAGGAGUUGGAGAAGCUGCGCAACCUCUUGGUGGAGACCGAUCAGAAGGGCUCCCUGGAGUGCACGGCAAACGUGGCGGCCCAGUGGAAUUUCGAGACAAACGUAAACGAUUUUACACAAACGGAAGCGCUCAAUGCUCAACAACGUUAUGUGGAGUUCCAGCGAAUCACGGCGGAUCAGUCGAAGCGCAUAAACAAGGACCUCAUCUUUGAUCGUCGCCUCUACAGACAAUUAAUGCUGCAGUCUGAAGUGGGCCCCAAUGCUCUGCCCUUGGACGUUUUGGAUAGGUACAAUCGGCUGUUGAAUGAAAUGCUCUUUCUGUACAACAGCGCCAGUGUUUGCGCCUAUCAGCAGCCGUUCCAGUGCGAUCUGCACUAUAUACCGCACCUCAAGGACAUCAUGGCCAAGAGCAGGGACUGGGAUGAGCUGCAGCACACGUGGGUGGAGUAUCACCGAAAAGCAGGACGCGGCAUGCGCGACGACUACGAGCAGCUCAUUGACGUAAUGCAGGAGGUGGCCUAUGUGAAUAAUGUAACCAAUGGUGGCGAGUACUGGUAUCUGGCCUACGAAUCGGGAAACUUUCGCCAGGACAUGGACAUUGUGUGGGAGCAAAUCCGACCGCUGUAUGAAGCUCUGCAUGCGUAUGUACGAAGGAAGCUCAGGGAUUACUAUGGACCGGAUCGCAUUAACCGCAUAGCACCCAUUCCGUCUCACAUUCUGGGCAACAUGUUCGGGCAGUCGUGGUCAAAUGUCCUCGACAUACUCAUACCGUAUCCAGGCCGCAAGCUAAUUGAUGUCACACCCCGCAUGGUGGAGCAGGGAUACACCCCGCAGCUGAUGUUCCAGCUGGCCGAGGAGUUCUUCACCUCCAUCAACAUGUCCGCCGUUGGUCCGGAGUUCUAUCAGAACUCUGUGCUGGAGCAGCCACUGGACAGAAGGGUGCUCUGCGAACCCUCCGCCUGGGAUUUCUGCAAUCGUCACGAUUUCCGGGUCAAAAUCUGCACCGACAUCAACCAGCGGAGUCUGAUCAGCGUGCACCACGAGAUGGCACACAUUCAGUACUUCCUUCAGUAUCGCCAUCUGCCUAAGAUCUUUCGGAACGGGGCCAAUCCGGCCUUCCAUCAGGCUGUGGGCGAUGCCAUUGGGCUGUCCGUGUCCACGCCAAAGCACUUGCAGACAUUGGGCCUGCUCCAACGAUCCCUGGAUGAGUCUAGCUACGACAUCAACUACCUCUUCACCAUGGCCAUAGAUAAGGUGGCCUUUCUACCCUUUGCUUUGUCCUUGGAUAACUGGCGCUACGACAUUUUCAGCGGGAAUGCGAACAAGCGAACGAUGAACUGCCACUACUGGAACAUGCGUGAAAAGUAUUCGGGUAUCAAGCCACCUGUUUUGCGCUCAGAGAAGGACUUUGACUUGGGUGCCAAGUACCACAUUCCAGCAAAUAUUCCGUACAUCAAAUACUUUUUCUCCACGGUGCUGCAGUUCCAGCUGUACCGGGGCAUGUGCCGCGAGGCGGGGCAGUAUGUUCCCGGCGAUCCCAGGAAGCCGUUGCACAAAUGCGACAUUUACCGCCAGCCGGCAGCUGGCAAUAUGCUUAAAAAACUAAUGGCCAAGGGCGCCUCCCAGCCAUGGCAAGAGGUGCUUGAGGAGACCCUGGGCGAGGGCCGCUUGGACGGCAGCGCCCUGCGUGAAUACUUUGCUCCCCUCGAGGAAUGGCUGCGCCUGGAGAACCUGCGAACAAAUGAAUACGUUGGCUGGAACUACGAUGGAGACUACUGCAAGCGAAGCAUUGAGACAGCUGGUCUUCAGGUCUAUGGAGGUUACUACAACGGCGCCAAUCAUGGAACAACUCUGAACAUGCUGAUCCUCCUAAUUUGUUCUUAUUUAAGCCUUCGUUUUAGCUAAAAAGUCUAGAAAGUUAGCUAACAGGCAAACAAAAUGUUCUAGUUAUACACAACUACACAGCAACUUCCGCCUAUUCAAGUCGCACCCAUAGCUAUAGCUAUAUCCAUAACCAAGUUGAACUUGAAUCAAUGCCAAAAAAAAUACAUAAUUCUAAAAUAAAAUUAAAAACAAACACAAAAAAUAAAACGCAAAUCUGACAAAUUGCCAGACCGGCGGCACCCUAAAAAUUGCAACGGAAC